AUGAGACGUGUGCGGCUGCUGGUGGGGCGCCAGGGUGCAGGCCGGGCUGAGGAGCUGCCAUGGACCCAGCCCUGGGCGCAUGCCGAGUUCUCGGCGCAAGCCAUCAGCGGGGCCACGGGGCCAGCACGCUGUGGGGAAGGCCCCUGUUCCAGGAGACGCGCUCGGGCCGCAGGCCCUGCUCUGACGGACAGCUGGCGCAGAGGGGCGGGCACCGCGCAGGGCCUGCGCCUGCAGCAGAGUGCACCGGGGCCCCCCUGGGCCAGGCGGGCCGCGGCCCUGCUCAGAUACCUGAUCAAAUCAGCGUGUGCAGCUGUCCAAAUCCCGGUCCUGAAACCCGAUGACCAGGGCUUCGUGAGGAAGUACACGGGCUUUUCCUCGUCUGCUCCUGCCGCUCUGACGACACCGCAGGCAGCUGGUCUGCUCACCGCAGGUGGGGCUCUUGGUCUGGAGGGAGGAAGUCUGAAGCCAUGGGCAGAACGGCCAGAGGCCGCCUUCCAGACGCCUCCCGACACCAGCGUCUUGGGCGUUAGGACUUCAGUGUGGAUUUCAGGGGCUACAAUCAUUCAGACUCCAGCAGCUGUGACGCAGGCCGGACUCAUCUACCCCAACAGCGAGGACCCGGGUGAGGUGUGCAUCCUGCUCGUGGUCGCGAAGGGCAGGGGCCCCGCGGUGGGGCGUGAGCGCCAGCAGCCCGGCUGUGUGGUGAGGACGUGCAGCCUGGAGUGCCACCCACUGCAGCCCAGGACCUGUCGUGCGGCUGAGGGGCACAUGUACACGGCUGGCCCAGCAAUCCACUGCUACGACUUCCACCCAGAUGGGGCCUGUUCCCACCAAAAGACCCUCACAGCCUCACCACUCCCCAUAAAGCCUGGGAGCAGCCCCAUGCCCUUCAACAACCAUCAGACAACGGGCCGGCCUAGCCGCACAGAGCGGGGUGACACACACACCCUGGGAACGCACAGCGCCAGGCCUCACAGCGCCUCUGGCAGAUGCCGGUAUCUAGAAUUCCGCGAAGUCCAAAAGCAGGCACAGGCAGCCUCCUGGGAGCGCCGGCGGCCUUGGGGCGGCCAGAGAGGGGCCCGGGGCCAAGCUCCGAUUCUCUGUCUGGGCCCUGGGUGUCCUUGCUUUGCGAAUCCCUGAGCCUGAACCUGUAAGGUUUUGGUCUGUACUUAAGUGCAGUAAAAGUUUCCCUUUGGAACAGUUGAGAGGCACUGACGGCCGGAAUGC